AUGUCAAACAACAACAACAAUUCAGAAUGCAAGUGCUCUAAAUGCUCUUCCAAUAGCAUGGGAUUUGUUUUGGUGUCUACCCAAACACUCAGAAGACAUGCACAACAAGAUAUCGUGAGACAGUAUCAGUCAGGAUCUUCUUCCUCAGUUGUAGAAGUAAUGUCAAAUGACAAUGACAUGGAGAUUGACUUUGAAAACAAUGUUGAUACCGAAGAUCAAGUUGAAGAUAUGCAUACCGAAGACUUACCUUUUUUUGAUGUUGAUUCCUUGUUUGAUUCUGAAAGCGAAGAUGAGGGUGUCAUUGAAGCAACCAUUUUGGAUAUUUCUGAUGAUGAAUCUAAUGAUGUUAGAGAGAACUUUUCUUCAUCCAAUAUGCCAGUCGAUCCUACUCAUGCUUUUAUUGCUUCUUUUGCUGCCUUCUUCAUAUCCAAAUAUGUUGUCAAUUCUGGUGGUGUUGUUCUGUUGAAGUUUCUUAACGAAGUAUUGGCACACUUUGGACAGUCUUUCCGUUUUCCCCUCAGUAUAAACGGUGUCAACUCUAUGACCGGUCUCAGCGACGUGACUCGAGGUGUCCAGCGGUUUAUUGCAUGUGGCGAUUGUAACAAAUGCACUGUCAUCGAUCCGAUGCACAACCUGUACCUCGGAACAGCAAAGAGGAUAAUGGAGAAAUGGAGAUCUUCAGGUCUCAUCACAGAUGCACACUCGGCCGAAAUGCAGUUGGAUGCUGACAAGCUUGUACUGCCAGAGGACUACACGCCAUUAGGGACAAAGAUCGAGCGUGGCUUCCCAUUCAUGAAGGCCGACGAGUGGAAGUCUUGGUGCUUGGUGUACUCUCCUGUUCUCCUGCGUGGUCGUCUACCUGAAGCUCAUCCCGGUAACUGGACAACGUUUGUCAAUGCAUACCAGUACCUCUCAAUGCCAAGCAUAUCCAUGGCUCAUCUUGAUGAAGCCCAUCAAUCUUUGGAGGCUUUCUGCAGAGAGUGCGAGAAGUUGUAUAAAGCCCCGUUCCUUUCGCCAAACAUGCAUCUCCAUCUUCAUCUGCGAGAGACUGUACUGAACUUUGGCCCGGUUUAUGGAUAUUGGCUUUCUAGUUUCGAAAGAUGCAAUGGUAUCUUGAAAAACUAUGCGACGAAUAGAAAAGACGGGUUUGAGGGAACCUAUAUGAAGAAGUAUCUUGAGGAAGCAUUCCAGGGAGAUCUUAUUCGCCAAACUUUGCCAAUAAUUCGACCUGAGCAUUCGGCGAUCAUCCUUGAGCUCACUGCAUCCACUGCCAAUUCCAUAGCCACUUCCACUUCCACUGCUACCUCAAUCCAAUUCGAUAUCAAUGCUUUUCUUGAUUCUCCUGAGAUCAACUUUGAUAUCGUCAAGGGAAACGAGCCUUUGCCCCCUUCCGCACUUCCUUUAGCUCUAAAGGGGGAGAUUUCCAUGGAUGAAUCCGAGUAUGGGCAUUUGUUGGAAUACUAUCGCGAGACAUACGAUGAUCAAACUCUUGUUCAUUAUCGUCAGGCUGGUCAUUCCGAUAAUUUUGUUAACAAUCGGAUACAGAAGUUUGAAUCAAUCGAUCUUCUCGGGCAAAUCUACAAGAGCAAAACGAAGAAUCAGCGCGGGUCGUUCAUGCAAGCCUUAUUUGAGACAAGUGAUGGUAGAAGUACCAAGCCGUACGCAGGCCAAAUUCAGUACCUCUUUGUCAAUACUGCUGUAAACUCGUUUGCUGGUCAUGCGAGCCAGCAUGUAUUUGCAUAUAUACGAUGGUACAAGGAAGUUUUACUUCAGCCCAGAGCAGGAGAAGGAGUUGAGGUUAAUGAGGUGGGUUUCGAAGAUGACAGCAUGAACAGCAUUCUCCCAGUGCAUAGAAUCUGCUAUCCAGUCGCAGUAGGCGAGCACCUUGGUCUAGAAGGCGAAGUUCAGAUGUGUGUAGUUCCUUUGCCACAAAAAAUAUAUAUUUAG